AUGCUGGGCUGCCCUCGCGGUUGGUUUUUCCGAGUGGCCCUUACCUCCGCCUUCCUCCUGCGUCCGGAGCAGCACUCCCGCCUUCCCGUCGCCCGGCUUGCGCCGCGCGCACGCUCUCAGGCCCCGGGUUCUCUUAGAUGUUCUCUUGGAUACUUGAAAGUGGAGAUGACAGAAUCGACUAAUGUGUCAUUGAAACGGGGGUCCGUUGCCAUCGAAGACGAUGACCGUGUGGCCUCAGCCGAGGAGGCCAAGAGACAGAAGGUCUCAGAGUGCUGCUCAGCCACAGGUCAAGACGGGCGAGAGAACAGCUCUCUACCCAGCAGCGAAAAGGUGCCUGGGCCUCCCGAAACUGCUGGACAGGGUAAAAAGACCUCUGAAGUUCCAUCAGAGGAAGAGGAGGAGGAAGAUGGCCUCUCAGAGGAGGGCGAGGAGGAGGAGGAAGUGGAGAGCUUUGCAGACAUGAUGAAGCACGGGCUGUCUGAGCUGGAUGUGGGCAUCUCCAAGUUCGUCAGCUCUCACCAGGGAUUCUCAGGGAUCUUAAAAGAAAGAUACUCUGACUUCGUUGUUCACGAAAUAGGAAGAGAUGGACGAAUCAGCCAUUUGAGUGACUUGUCUGUCCCAGUAGAUGAAGAGGAUCCUUCAGAAGAUGUAUUUACAGUUUUAACAGCUGAAGAAAAGCAGCGUUUAGAAGAGCUCCAGCUUUUUAAAAAUAAGGAAACCAGUGUUGCCAUUGAGGUUAUUGAGGACACCAAAGAGAAAAGAACCAUCAUCCAUCAAGCGAUUAAAUCUCUGUUUCCAGGAUUAGAGACAAAAACAGAAGACAGAGAGGGGAAGAAAUAUAUAGUAGCCUAUCAUGCCGCUGGAAAAAAGGCUCUGGCAAAUCCAAGGAAACAUUCUUGGCCAAAAUCUAGGGGAAGUUACUGUCACUUUGUACUGUACAAGGAAAACAAAGACACCAUGGAUGCUAUUAAUCUGUUGUCCAAAUAUUUAAGGGUCAAGCCAAACAUAUUCUCCUACAUGGGAACCAAAGAUAAAAGGGCCAUAACCGUUCAGGAGAUUGCCGUUCUCAAAAUAACUGCACAAAGACUUGCCCACUUGAACAAGUGCUUGAUGAACUUUAAGCUGGGGAAUUUCAGCUAUCAGAAAAACCCUCUGAAAUUGGGAGAGCUUCAAGGAAAUCACUUCACGGUUGUCCUCAGAAAUAUAACAGGAACUGACAACCAAGUGGAACAAGCCAUGAACUCUCUCAAGGAGAUUGGGUUUAUCAACUACUACGGAAUGCAAAGGUUCGGAACCACAGCUGUCCCCACAUAUCAAGUUGGAAGAGCUAUACUACAAAAUUCCUGGGCUGAAGUCAUGGAUUUAAUAUUGAAACCCCGUUCUGGAGCUGAAAAGGGGUACUUGGUUAAAUGCAGGGAAGAAUGGGCGAAGACCAAAGACCCAGCCGCUGCCCUCCGAAAACUACCCGUCAAAAGGUGUGUGGAAGGGCAGCUUCUCCGAGGACUUUCAAAAUACGGAAUGAAGAAUAUAGUCUCUGCAUUUGGCAUAAUACCAAGAAACAAUCGCUUAAUGUACAUUCACAGCUAUCAGAGCUACGUGUGGAACAACAUGGUGAGCAAGAGGAUUGACGAAUAUGGGCUGAAGCCUGUGCCCGGCGACCUUGUUCUUAAAGGAGCCACAGCCACCUUUAUUGAGGAAGAUGAUGUUAAUAAUUACUCCAUCCAUGAUGUGGUAAUGCCUUUGCCUGGUUUUGAUGUUAUCUACCCCAAGCAUAAAAUUAGUGAAGCCUACAGGGAGAUGCUCACAGCAGACAAUCUUGAUAUUGACAACAUGAGACACAAAAUUAGAGAUUAUUCCUUAUCAGGGGCCUACCGAAAGAUCAUUAUUCGUCCCCAGAAUGUCAGCUGGGAAGUUGUUGCAUAUGAUGAUCCUAAAAUUCCACUCUUCAACACAGAUGUGGACAACCUGGAAGGUAAACCACCACCAGUGUUUGCUUCUGAAGGCAAAUACAGAGCUCUGAAGAUGGAUUUUUCUCUCCCUCCUUCUACCUACGCGACCAUGGCCAUUCGCGAAGUGCUUAAAAUGGAUACCAGCAUCAAGAACCAGACCCAGCUGAACACCACCUGGCUCCGCUGA